AUGCGCAUUGUCCCAGCAUUUGAUGGCCACAUUAACCUACCGAAUGGUGAAAAAGUCUUCGAUGUAGUGACAGGAUCGGACUGGCAGACCAGGGGCCCAUCUGACGUGAUGGGCAUUAAUGCUCGAGUCUCCGCCGUCUCGGAAGAUGGAAAGGAGAACCUAGAUCUUGAGUACUACGGGAAGAUCAAGAUUACGCAGCAGAUUGAGAAUGUGAUCGCAGCGAGAGGUGAAACUGGUGCAGGCACCGAAUGGGGGGGCGGCUACUAUUUUAUCACGCCCAGGAUUCACAGCAGGAGUGAGAGGUGGGCUUGGGUCAACGAUGCGGUAUUUCUCGCAUGUGGCAAGCUAACAUUGUCCCGGAAGGAUGAUGGCUCAAGUGUCUCCACUGUUUCGUACAGAAUCUACAAGGUGGAAUAA